AUGGAGCCCCGGCCGCGGCGACGGCGCAGUUGCCGCCAGCUGGUCUCUGCUUUCCUGCGCGACCCGGGCUCGGGGCGCGUCUACAAGCGCGGGAAGCUGAUCGGCAAGGGUGCCUUCAGCCGCUGCUAUAAGCUGACGGACAUGUCCACCAGCACUGUGUUUGCUCUCAAGGUGGUGCCGCGUGGGGGGCCCGGGGUCCGGAGUCUGCGCCCCUUUGGGAAGGUGGAGCGAGAGAUCGCCCUGCACAGCCGCCUACGACACCGCAACAUCGUGGCCUUCCACGGACACUUUGCUGACCGUGACCACGUGUACAUGGUGCUGGAGUACUGCAGCCGCAAGUCCUUGGCCCACGUGCUGGAGGUGCGGCGGACGCUGACGGAGCCUGAGGUACGCUACUACCUGCGGGGCCUGGUGAGCGGCCUCCGCUACCUGCACCAGCAACGUAUUGUGCACCGAGACCUAAAGCUCAGUAACUUUUUUUUGAACAAGAAUAUGGAGGUGAAGAUCGGGGACCUGGGGCUGGCUGCCAGGGUGGGGCCAGGGGGCCGAUGCCACAGAGUGCUCUGUGGGACCCCAAACUUCCUGGCCCCAGAGGUUGUCUCCAGGGAUGGGCAUUCCUGCCAGUCAGACAUCUGGGCUUUGGGCUGCAUCAUGUACAUGGUGCUGACUGGCGACCCACCCUUCACGGCGGCUUCCCUGUCAGAGAUGUAUAAACACAUCCGGGAAGGCCGUUACCAGGAGCCUGCCCACGUGUCGCCCAAUGCCUGUCGCCUCAUUGCCCGCCUGCUGGCGCCCAACCCGGCCGAGCGGCCCAGCCUGGACCACCUACUGCAGGACAACUUCUUCACGCAGGGUUUCACUCCGGACCGGCUGCCACCCCACUCCUGCCACAGCCCGCCCAUUUUUGCCAAUCCUCAGCCUCUGGGCAGGCUUUUCCGGAAGGUGGGCCAGCUGCUAAUGAGCCAGUGCCAGCUCCCCUGCCCCCACACCCCCAACGAGGCCUCUUGUCCAGAAGAUGGUUCUGUCGCUGACUUCAUGGAGCGGGGCAGUGAGUCACCCCUGCUCCCUCCCCAGGACUCCCCGUUGGAGAGAGGGGCUCUCCGACCUGAGGUCCCUGUCCAGCUGUCCACCCAAGGGACCCUCCAGAGUGACCCAGCUGGGUCUGGGGGGAGCCCAAGACAGGAGGUGGAGGAGGCCAUUAGAAACCUACAGCUCUGCCUGAACCCUGGACCUCCAGUCACGCAGGCCCCGCCGAGAGAGCAGCGGCCAGUCCUCUGGGCCCCCAAGUGGGUGGAUUAUUCCCGCAAGUACGGCUUCGGCUACCAGCUGCUGGACGGGAGCUGCGGUGUCUUGUUUCGGGAUGGCACCCACAUGGCCCUGCGUCCCCCCGGGGGCCAGGUCAGCUACAUGCGCCGAGGGAAGCUGGAAGUGUUUGCCCUGAGGGAUGUCCCAGCUCUGGGCGCCAAGCUGGCCGUCCUGCGGCUUUUUGCUGGCUACAUGCAGCAGCGGCUUCGAGAGGAAGAGGGCCUGCCUGCGCCCACCCAGUCUGCCAGCCCCGGCCUCUGCCUGCUGCGCUUCCUUGCAUCCCAGCAGGCCCUGCUGCUGCUCUUCAGCGAUGGCACAGUGCAGGUGAGCGUGGGCCCUUCUCUGCAGGAGCCCCGGGGAGGGGGUCAGCAGGUUGGGGGCGGCCUGUCCCCUGGACCACGCUGGCUGUCCCAAUGCACACUGUUCAGGGGCUCCGGGAAACAGCUGGCUCCUGUCAGCUGCAGCGGAGACCAGGUUCACCUGGUGCUGAGUCGGGGGCCUGAAGAGUUGCUGCUCAUGGUCUGGGAACGGGGCCAGGUUGGCGCCUCUUACACGCUGGGGAUCCUGCAGAGCCACGGCUGUCCCCCCGCCGCUCGCCAGUUCCUGCAUCGCGCUCUCUGCAUGCUGCGGAGCAUCUAG